GAUUCUCAAAAGAAAAAGUUAUCAAGAGCUCAAGACACCAUUCUUAAGACAAUGAUAAAGGUCAUGGAAGAGUGCAACGUCCAAGGCUUCGUCUAUGGGAUUGUCACCGAGAAUGAUAAGGCGGCCAGUGCUUGUUCUGAUAGCCUUAGAAAAUGGUGGAAAGAGAGAGUUCGAUUCGAUCGAAACGCUCCCUUAGCCAUCGAUAAAUACAAGGAAACAAUUGGUGCAAUGGAUGAUCAAGUUGAUGGUCAUGGCCGAGGAGAUCAAUCAUUGAGAGAGUACUAUCUUGAUCAACUCCAAGAUGCAACAUUGGGUGCUCUCAUCUCAGCUCUAAUACAACAUUGCUACCCACCUCAACGUAAGUUCCCUUUGGACAAUGGUGUUGCACCACCAUGGUGGCCUACUGGGAAAGAAGCUUGGUGGCCACCUAAGAACUUGCCGGAGAACAUGGAAUUGCCACCUUACAAGAAACCACAUGACUUGAAAAAGAUGUACAAGGUAGCUGUCUUAACUGCGGUCAUCAAACACCUUAUGCCGGAUAUAGAAAAGAUCAAGACUCUAGUGUGGCAAUCCAAAUGUCUUCAAGAUAAAAUGUCAGCAAAGGAGAAUAACAUUUGGCAUGAGAUUAUCAAGGAAGAGCUGAAAUUAUACUUGCAGCAAAAUCCAGAUGCGGUUAUUCCACCUCCGCCGGAAACCAGUAUUGACCCACUAGCACAAGAACAGUAUGAUGUUAGUGAAGACGAAGAUGAUGAUGGUGGUCAUUUGAGAGCCGGAAGACAAGGAGGAGGGAAGCUGAGACGUUGGCUACCAAGAGAAGCAUGUGGUGCUCGCUUUGCUUACACUUGUGAGAAUCAGCAAUGUCCUCACCAUGAUCCUAACAAUGGGUUCAUCACCCUUAAUGCUAGGAACAACCAUCAGUUGGUGUGUAUCCAUGGUGGUGUCACUUUUGCUGGUAUCCCUAUCACUAGUUUCAUGUCAAACAUGGGGUUCAACUCUAGUAGGCAUGAAGUUCUUCUUGAAGUUAUUCCUCCUCUUCAUCAUCAUCUUCAAAUGGGAUCAAGUGUCACAAGAACAAGGGUUGAAGUUGGAAGUAGUAGCAAUGCAAUCCAAGAAGAAGAAGAGUUUGGACAACCAUUGAUCAGUAACUCUGGGAGGAGAGCUUGCUUGUUUGAAGAGGAUCUUCUCAACAGACAUGGCCGUAGUGCUAACUAUGAUUUCUGUCCUCAAAGCCAUGACAUCCAUCAGAGCCACACUGUUGACAUGAAACAUGAGAACGAAUCCAAACUCUUGGAUUUUAUUGGUGGUUCAGGGCUUUCACUUGGUUUAGCUACAGUGGGUUCAAGUUCAACUACUGCUCCAUUGCUUCCUGUUCAAACUGAGGAGCAGCAUCAACAGCAUCUCCAACAUCAAGAACAGAAACAAGAACCUGUGUAA